AUGAGUUGGGUUUUUACCGGACUUGCAGUAGCUUUAAUUAUUGUCAUUUCUGCUAGCAUCACACUUGUCCUUUGCAAGAGAUAUUGCACGGGAUGGCAAUUUAGCACCAGGAAUUUCUGGAGCGUUUGCGAGGAAUGGAGACAGAGGCUUUCCUGGCUUUGGGCACCACGGGAAGAAAAGGUAGGGUUGGUAAAGGCUCAGCAUCCAACUGCUCAGACAAUACCAGGUCUAUAUUGCCAGACUGGAAAUGCCUCUCAACAUCUGUUGCACAGCGAUAGCGACAUUCGGCUUGAUGCACAAGGCGCUUUUACCAGAUUUGAGGCUGUCGACAGGGAUCUACAUCCGCCUCUUUGCGGCAGCACGAUACCACCUCAACCGUUGAGGCCCGCACCUCAACCACGACCGACCGCUCGUCCGAGGCCAUCGCCGCUUCAGACACCAAGUACUAUCGAUUAUAUCAGAAUGCACGAAGCCAGUCCAUUGACACCACCGCCAUCAUUGCAAAGAGGAUCGAUUCAAUCAAGAGCCUCCGGUCCGUCCGUGUUUCUCUUUCAGAGCGAACCGCUGAAGAAUCACGAUCCUUUCCAGUCGAUCGAGCGUCCCACCUUCGUGUUCGACAAUGCAAAGAUGAUAGCGGAGAGCAUCCAAAUGACGCCUUACUCCAGUCAGAACCAUGUAAAUUCUAGAUUAAUCAGGCAAUUUAAAUCUCCUUCCAAAGAGCCCGCGUGGCUUAGAUACGAUAUAAGCGCAUCCAUAGAUAACUCUCGUGACAAGUUAAAUGACGAAGAAGUCAUUAAUAGAAGUUACGAUAGUUACGAGACUAUUCAAAGGAAUCAUGUGCGACCAUAUACGAGGAAUGAAUCCAGAGGAUUCUCAGACAGCUUCAACAUAACGAAUUCGUCGAAUUCAGCUAACCAGAUGAUCAUGGAAUCAAUAUACGGACCACAGACCAUUUCUAAGAUGCUACAGAAUAGCGAGGAAUUGAACGGCGAUCUUAACAGAAAAAAUAAUGAUAUGCAAAACAUCGAGAUGACUCCAUUCAAAAGUACUUCCGACCAUCAAGAGGAUAUUGAUUCGUACAUAUUUCACAGCGAUCUGUCCAAGUCGCACAAUCUUCAGCGAGUCUCGCAAUACAUUCAGAGCUUACCCGAUCUUCCUGUCUACGAAACCAUGAAUGAGUGUCAGACACGUUCAAAUCGUGAAUCGAUAUUGUUCGCAAGUACAAUUCAAGAACCGAUAGUGGACGAAACGAAAAUUGCGAGCGAGUCGAUUUUGAGUCCGAUACCGCCACCACCCGCUCCUCCAGACCCAUCUCAGAACAUUACAAAGAAGAGUAGUCCGACAACCGGUGAGAGAAUCUUCAGCGCACUCAGAUCGGUUACUUCACAGAGCUACAUAGAUGCUUCGGAAUUUUAUAAUUCGGUACUCUCAUCAGCGCAGCAAGUACAGCAAUUUGCAUUUCCAUCGACAUCGCCACCGACAUUCAUGAAUGAUAGCACUGAAGAACAUUUACAGGAAGCCGAAUACUUGCAAGAUAUGCGAGAGAUUUAUGCGGAAACCGAUUCAGACCUGUCUGGUCUCGAUGUUUCAAGACGAAGUUCUGAUCUUUAUAGUCCUGAAUUAAACCUUGAAGCUCACAGAACGGCGCAAGAAGUGUACAACAGUCUGCAAGAUCCACCGUCGUCUCCCCUGUUACUUAAAGAUCAUAAUCACGAGUCUUAUUUAUCAGAUCCCAGUUUUACUCGCACGUCAGAGGAUAUUUUUAAUAGUCUUGAACAAAGACGUAAAAGUAUAGAAAGGCUGAAUGGCAUUCACGAAUAUGUAGAACUUGAUGCUACCGAUCUCUCGAGGAGAAGAAGUAGCCAGGAACUGUACGUCGCUUUAGAGGAAGUGCAAUUGAAGAGAAGACUUUCACAGAGUCUGGAGGAGUCAUAUUUGGGUUAUGCGAUAAACGAUCACAAUAAUGCCAGAUCAGGAAAUCGUCGAAGUUCUUUAGGUCCCGAACCAGAACCACCUCCUGAUGAAUCCACUUUAAAAAGAGCUAUCAGUUGUGAAAGCGUAUGUUCCGAUACUAGCGUCAACUUAAACGAUUUGGAAGAAGCACCCAUCGUAGGUCACAUCUGUGUCGGACUCGAAUACGAAAGAUGGGGUGGUCGUGGAAACGACUGUGAAGGCGAUCUGGCUGUAAGCGUCUUGGAAGCCAGAGAUCUUGUUGCCGCUGACGGCUCUCCUGCGCAAGAUACUUUCGUAAGAGUAUGUCUACUACCCGAUAGGCAGACCCAUGUGCAAACAAGAAUUUAUAGGGGAAGUCCAUCGCCUAGUUAUCAGGAGAAAUUUUUAUUUCCUCUCGAUGAAGGCCCAAUAGGCAAAACACUUCUUGUUGAGGUAUUUUCUGAUGAAUCUAAUAUCAGCGGCGGCGCAUCUUUAAUUGGCGAAGCCAAUUUGAAACUUGGACCCGCAGCUAGACCACCAGCUACAACUUGGCUAGCACUCAGUGGAUCUGUCUUACCCACUCCCCAUUUAGGAGAAUUGAUGUUCUCUCUCAGUUAUUUGCCAACAGCGGAGAGACUCACCCUUGUAGUAGUUAAAGCGCGCAACUUGCAUGGCACAAAUUCAUCUUCGGGUGAUUUCUUCGUCAAGGUAUAUCUUCUUCAACAAGGGAAAAAAAUGCAUAAAAAGAGGACAUCUGUAAAAAAAGGCGAGAAAAGUCCAAUCUUCAACGAGGCCAUAAUAUUCAAUGUGCCAGCGCAUACUUUACAGACUAUACAAUUGAGAUUGACAGUGGCGGAAAUGAACGGUGAACAAGGAACAAAUCCAAAGACAUACUCCGUAGGGCACAUCAUUAUAGGAUCUACCUCGAUGGGAAAAGCAUUGGUUCAUUGGAGACAAAUGCUAAUGGCCUUGCGGCGUCCGAUCGCUAUGUGGCAUCCUCUCAGGAAGUAGAAAUAGAACGCAUUCCAUUCAAAAGUAAUUGGAAUAGUGACUUGCGAAACAGUCUCAAAUGAUAUUAUGAUCUGAAAUCUUCUCAUAUAUAAAAUUCUAUGUCACGCCCGCCCUUCUUUGAUGUAUUUAUUGUUGGGAAGAGAAUAAUGCAGAUAUAAUCUAUAUAAAGUAAGAUAAAAUCCCAUGGAGAUGCGCACUGCAAGAGCACCCUAUUUACUGUUAACGGUCAUUUAGAUAAUACACGCGAUGUUGUUGACGAUGCAAUUUAUUGUAUGUAUGUAUAUUACUGAAUCGCGCAAACCAAUUAUUAGUUAUUCAGUUAAUUAUUAUACUGAAUUCAUCGUCAAGCACGAAUGAGCUCCAAAGUGAUCUGCACCAUCGUUUACGUAAAUUGUGAUAUGAAUAAUUA